AUGGCAUCAGUGCCGCAGCGAGAUGACUCAAAUAGCUACUUUGGAAAUUCGCAUCCAUUCUGGUGUGGAAUUCUGGACCGAUUCUACGAUCAUUUUAUCACAGUGGAUAUGUCGAAACGAUGGCGGGACCACGUGAUCUAUUCCAAGAGCUCAGGGGCUGAACUCCGACAAUCGAUCACCCAGAGGUUCUCUUCCUCCACUAUCUUUCUCUCCGUAAUUCUAUCGGCAGAAAUUGGAAUGCUUACGUCCCCAGCUAAUCUUUCGGCGGAGGUGCGAGAUGCGUUGGCGACAUCCUCUUAUACGCUGGCAUACUGGACUGGAAUCGUGGUUUCGUUUGCGACACUCGUCGCGAUCGCUGCCAUAACCGCCAACUAUUCAGCUUAUGCAGUAUUUGCGGCAAUCUCGAAUGAAAAUCUACACAUAAUUGCAAAGUCGAGCAUAGGUUUUUAUGCUGCGCAACUUCCAAGUUAUUUGAUUGUUCUGGUGCUGUACACCUUCCUAUCAACGAUUACAUUGUUCUGGGUUCUCGCAAUGCCACGACUUGUCACUGCAGUCAUGACCACUUGUUCCGGACUGUUCUUGGUGUACAUUAUUUCUGCCUAUUCGGCUCUUGGGACUUUGGUAAUGUCCUCUGGCAGCAUGAGGCGCCAGACAAUUAUAGGAUCUAAUGUUGAAGAUGAAAUGACACCUCACCAGCUCUCGGAUGAGCUCUUGUAUCAGAAACGAAAAAAUAUGAGACGCCGACUCUCGAUAGUCGAUCAGUACAGAACGCCAAGUGACAGGAGUGCGGUAAGAAAAUCUAACACUCAGUCGACCAGAGAAGAAGGUGCACCUAGCGAGAGUGGAAGCGAAAUCAGGAGGCGCAACAAGUGA